AAGAAGAGAAAAAUAAGAGGAUGGAAGCCAAUUCAGAUUAAAAAGGAAUCUCGUAUUACAAAAUAAAACAAAAAAACAUAAAUUGGCAAAUGCGUAUCCGGUGACUUGCACGUGAUAGUCCCCCGCUGGAAACAUAUAAUAUCCGCCAAGGGCGGGGAGUGUGCAAACGCAAGUAAAUAAAGCCACAGCCUAUGUUAUCUAUAAAUUUAAACCAACUAACUAACUAAAACCGCCCGUAAAUAUUUAAAUGACGAAACUACCCUCUAAGUAGGCUCAGUCGUCGAGGCCACACCUCCCUCUGCAAAAAACUCUGCAGCAAAGAAGAAGAAUUUCUGCAUAUACCAAAAAAAAAAAACUCAAAUUUCUAUCUGUACACGCUGUCUCUCUUUCUCUGUCAAUGGCCCCUUGUUUAUUAUCACCCUCUGUCAUUAAUGACAUUUACUACUUUGCCACUUGCUUCGUCUCUCUCUCUCUCUAUCUCUAUCCACAUCACUAUUCAGUAUUCAGUACCUUCAUCUACUUCUUCUUCUUCUUCAAAAGCUCCGCCUUCGAGACCCGGGCUUUAGGGUUUGGGAUUUUUGUUUGUUUUCCUUUUAUUUUAUGGGUAUCCCGCUUUCUACGCUGUUUAUUUGUUUUUUCAAAUUUCGUUAAUUUCGAAGCUGGAAUAUAGACAUUUCUAUUUUACAGGUUUAUGGUUUUUUCUACGUUGUCGUUUCGUGUUAUUUUGUUCUUUCUUGUGCAUUUUUUUUUAUUUUAAAAAUAUAGGCGUUUGAAUUGGAUUCUUGGAUUCUCUAUCUGUUUUAUUAUUAUUUUCUUUUUUAGUUAUUCUCCGUUUGCAGUAAGGGAAAAUGGGAGUAAUUUGAGGAGUGUUUGACGUUUUUCUUUGUUUAUAUAUGAUAUAGUUUGGAGAACGAAUGGUUAUACGGUUCUCUGUUGUUUUUGCCUUUUGCUUUUGUUGGAGGAGAAAAGGCUUGGAAUGCGAGCUCCUUUUAUAGUGGCGGAUUCUGAAGUUUGAUUUUUAAUUGUGAAAAAGGAAUGAUGGAUGGGCGGCGACAUUCAGUUGACAUUCCCAUCUCAAGGACCCUGAUUGCACUUAGGAGGGUGAGGUCUCUGAGGGACCCAUCAACUAAUUGUAUGAGCAAAUUCUCUGCUUUACUAGAAAAUGUGAACUGGGAAACCAAUUCGACUAAUGGGAUUUCUCUGCAAUUCACGGGCGGUUGUCAACAAGGUGGUUCUGAUCAUAAUGGAUUUGCAAGGUUGAAUAAUUCAGGUCUUAAUAGAAUUAGGGAUGAAGAAAUUGAUGAUUUUCACUUGCAACAUGAUUUGGUAAAAUCUAAGCCUAACUUAAAUUUGGCCAGAGAAGAAAAUGCGGGAGCUUCUCUUAGGACCAAGAAGUUAGAAGGUUUGGACAAUGGUGUGCUGUAUCAGGAAGAUGUUUCUGGGAAAAAGUCAUUGAGUGAAAGAUAUUAUAUCAAUCAUAGGGACAAAGGAUUGGAAUUAACGUGCAUCACACCUUUAAGUAAUGCAGAAUCAAAUAAUGAACUGAUUUUACGAUCACCAAAAGUAGAAUGCUUCGACCAGUCUAUAUCAAGAAAGAAAUCCCAAUACAAGAAUCAUGACAAGUCAUCAGGCAUGGUGGGUGAUAUUUUGAGUCGAGUAGGUAGUCCAUGCCUAUCUGUAAGUGAUGCUUUAUCAAGCUAUGGUGUAUCACUUCUUGCGAAUGAAGACACUGACUUCAUGGUCCAAAAUGACCGUGGAUGUGGCAUAAGCUGCUGCUGGACAAGAACCCCUAGAUUUCGCGAAUCAAAUCCAUACUCUGAUGUAGAAGGCCGUCCCUUGUUGCUGAAGGAUUUAGCUGAGACAAUACCUCAUGGUCAAAGGAACUUGAAGCUUAUUACUAAUGAAAGUCCUAGGAGUUUCAGUCAGAAAUUCAGGCCAAAAUCUUUUGAGGAACUGGUGGGACAAAAUGUAGUAGUAAGGUCUCUUUUGAGUGCCAUUGCGCAAGGGAGGGUAACCUCCUUAUAUCUCUUCCAUGGUCCCCGUGGCACAGGCAAGACCUCUGCCUCAAGAAUCUUUGCUGCUGCAUUAAAUUGUCUCUCACUUGAGGAGUAUAAACCAUGCGGUCUCUGCCGAGAAUGUGUUCAAUUCUUUUCUGGAAGGAGCAGGGAUGUUAAAGAAGUGGACUCAGUGAGAAUUAAUCGAGUGGAAAGGAUUAGAGCCCUCAUUAAGAAUGCAGCAAUUCCUCCAGUUUCCUCGCGGUUCAAGGUUUUCAUUGUUGACGAAUGUCACUUGUUGCAGGGAGAGACAUGGGCAACUAUUCUGAACAGCCUAGAGAAUCUACCACAACACGUGGUCUUUGUUAUGGUCACACCCCAUUUGGAUAAGCUGCCAAGAAGUGCUGUAACUCAUUCUCAAAAAUAUCAUUUUCCAAAGAUAAAAGAUGCUGAUAUAGCAGUCAGAUUGAAGAAUAUUUGCAUUGAAGAGGGUAUUGACUUUGAUCAGGUUGCUUUAGACUUCAUUGCUGCUAAAUCGAAUGGUUCACUUCGGGAUGCAGAAAUGAUGCUUGAUCAAAUGAGUUUGCUUGGCAAAAGAAUCACAAUGUCCUUGGCCUAUGAGCUUGUUGGAGUUGUUUCUGAUGAUGAAUUGCUUGAUUUGCUGGAUUUGGCAUUGUCAUCUGACACUUCAAAUACAGUUAUAAGGGCCAGGGAGUUGAUGAGGUCCCGGAUUGAUCCUAUGCAACUAGUAUCACAACUGGCAAAUAUUAUAAUGGAUAUGCUUGCUGGUAAAUGCCAAGAAGACAGUUCUGAAGUUCGAAGAAAAUUUUCAAGCAGGCAUGCUACUGAGGCAGACAUGCAGAGGCUGAGUCAUGCACUGAAAGUACUUUCUGAAACUGAGAAGCAACUGAGAAUGUCCAAAAGUCAAAGCACAUGGCUUACUGUAGCUCUUCUACAGUUGAGCUCUCUUGAAGCUCCUUUCCUGAAUGCGAAUGAUCCAAAUCCUUCUAUAAGAAAUGCACAAGACAGAGAUGGCGAUUUUUGCAGUACAUCAUCCACAGGGGAGAGCUUGAAGCUUCUUCUUCCUUGUUCAUGUGAAGAUGGCAAGUUGCAUAACGGGGGGGAUUGUAAAGCAACAUUGGAAUCCAUAUGGAAGAAUGCUACAGAAUUGUGCCAAUCAAACUCUCUCAGGAAUUUUCUAGGGAAACAAGGGAAAUUGUCUUCUCUUUGUGUAAAUCAAGAUCUGGCUGUAGCUGAAUUGGAAUUCCACCGUCCUGACUAUGUAUCGAAGGCUGAGAAGUCAUGGAAGACAAUAGCUAGUGCGCUGCAGUCUAUUUUGGGUCGAAAUGUGGAAAUCCGUAUUAAUCUUGUACUUUGUGAUUCUGCAUUGAAGUGUAAGAAACUGAGGAAGCUACCUUUUAGUUUGUUUAGUUGUUCCCGCAGAGUGCUACGGAGGUCACAGUUACCUACUGAAUGCGGAAGUGACUCUGAUUAUUCCGGUCAUAUGUCUGAAAAGCCUAUAAAAGGGGACAGAGUUAUUUUAACGUGUUCUUCUGAUUGUAGAUCCCAAAUGCCGCAUUACAUCUUUCCCAGAGUGGAUGUGGUGAAGGCUCUGAGAAAUAAUGAAGGGAAUGUAUUGAGCAUUGGGAGAAAUUCAUCUCACAGAUCAUUGCAAGAUGAUACAUUGAAAAUUCCUGCAUAUGGGAAUGAUUCUUUAAAGGAAGAGGGAGGCAGCCUUGGAUACGAAACUUUCUCCAGUGAAGAAACUGAAGAGCAGCCAAACUGUUUUUCUAGAACUCUGAGACUCCAAAAGAGGUUACCUUCAACCAACCAUUCUCGAAUAGUUUGUAUGGGUAACCAAGAAGCAAACAAGCUUGCACUUUCUUUUCCUGCGAAGAGAUCCAUUGAAACAUGCAACAGCACUACCAAUGGUUCUUACGUCUUAAAUAGCAACAAUGACACCAACAACUCCAGAAGUGAGGAUGGUUUGACCGAGAACUCUGCUGCUCUUUGUUGGAGGACACCGACAUUUACUCAGAGCAAGGCUUGGCAGCUGACACAUCACCGACGAAGGUCACCCUUAGCUAGGUGGGUUCUUCCCUGUGCCUCUGCAAAAUAGUUAUCUGCCUGACGGGGAUUCAGUAGUUUCUUUGUACCCCCUGCAUUGAGGCGACAGAACUGCUCGAUAUUGUUUUUUUCUUUUUUAUGUAUAUAUGCAUAUGUUGCAGAAUUUUUGUGCUCUCUGAUUGCUCCAUUUGAGCCCAGAAACAACAAUAUAACUAUAAGUAGCCAAAUCUGACACUUUCGUUUC